AUGGAAUUUGAAGAGAGCCUUAUAAUCCAACGUGAACACGCUUUAAAGAUGACCAGAGAGACAGAACACAAACUUCGGAUGACUCUUCACUGCCAGCAGUGCAACACUGUGUUGGGGGACUCCCUCGGCAUCUGUGGGGAACUUAAAUGCAUGGACUCCAUCGUGUGUAUAAGAGUCACUAAUGAUGUUGCCAUCAGUGAUUCCAUGGAAACAGGACAUAAAGGGGAAAUGGCUAGUUGCAUCUACAGUUCUCUGAAAUGUCGCGGCUGCCGCUGUGCUGUCGGGAUAAUAAUCCACUCCGCCCCGUUGCGCUUGGCCGCAGUUCGCUCCAUGUUCCUGCUCCACAAAAUCAACAUCAGUUGUUACAUCCUCAACGGUAGCUCAAUGGUGACAUCAUCCUCACUGGCAUUUGAUCUGAAGCCCCUCAGAGAAAGCAUGAAUAAGAUGAGGCAGCAGUUCGAAGCGCAGUUGCAUCACAUGUCGCACGUCAAAAGCAGACUGGCUGUUGGGAGUGUCAGCAGUGAAUUUAUCAAGUAGUGUGCACAUGCAACAGGACUUCACCUCGCCCACGUGUCCUCCACUCGGUUCUGCAAUCCUUCUGUUGGACCAGUCUGUUUUGUAAAUUGUCGUUGUUCCUUCUUCCGGUUUUGUGUUUCCAUUAAACAUUUUUGACGAUGCAAAGAAAUACUAUUUUGGUCUCAUUCAUAAGUUUAGAUCAAUGUCUGCAGACUUGUUGUGAUGUGGUUUAAACUCACUCCUCCUGACUGCUAUCAAAUCCGUUUUGGGAUAUCUAUUAUUGCCUUCGCAUUGAAAAUGAGGAAGGUUAUGUUUUGAUCGCCGUGUAUUUAUAUAUAUAUUUAUUUGUAUGCGUGUUCCUCGCAUAACAAAAAAGUUUUAAACCGAAUCGCAUGAAAUUUGGUGGGAUGAUUGGUUAUUAUCCGGGGACCAUUUGAUUAGAUUUUGGGAUCGAUCGGGUCAAAGGUCAAGGUCAUGAAAAGGUCAAAAUCUCCUUGAAUCGCAUGAAAUUUGGUGGGAAGAUUGGUUAUUAUCCGGGGACCAUUUGAUUAUAUUUUGGGGUCAAAGGUCAAGGUCAUGGAAAGGUAACUCAAAAUCUUCUCUUUACCAUAGCACGGUCAAUUUUUAUCCAAUUGGCAUUGAACUAAUGCCAACAUGUUGAUAAUUCAAUGCCCACUCUUGUGAUAUGCGAAGGUAUGCGCUCUACCGAGUGCCCAUUCUAGUUAUAUAUGUAUUUUAAAUAUAUACAACUCAUCAGGUCAGCGUGCAGCCAGGGGCUGAAUAACCUGAGAAUACCAGGUAUAAACAGCAGCACCAGCACUCAUAAUAAAUAGUGCUUUAUUAUAACUUUAUAUAACUAUAGUAAAGUUUUAAAUGUAUUCUUUCUAUUGAACGAUCACUUGUAUUUUCCUCUCCUCUUUAAUGAACUUGUUUUGAUGUAUUAGAUAUAAUUCAUCCAGUUUUGUCUGUAUUUUUGGUGCAAAUUAAAGCGACACAGUAACUCCCUCUAAAACCGAAAACCGUGAUUUCCCAUUUCUCUUUUUUUUGGAGGGGAUUUAAUAAACACACACACUCUGUUCAUUCGAGAGCCUUGUAGGUGCAGUUUUUUGUGUAACUUUACGACAGCCAGCUAGCGGUUUGGCCCUGUUCGUCUUCAUGCUAAGCCAAUAGCCUCCAGAUCCAUAGCAUACAGUCCGAAAGUAAGAGAAUAAGCAUGACGUAUUCCUAUAACCUCAAAAUACCAUGGAAUAAAUGUGUGUGGCCUGUUAGUGGGGACACUUCAUCCAAUGUAGUGUCUCUAUUUGUCAUUUAAUAAUUUGUCUUUGACCUCACGUGAGCUAGAGACACUCUCCCUCCGAACACGAUCAUGUACGUGACGUCAUUCAUUCGGCAACAACACUUAAACUGCGAGUAAAGAUCAACACGCAGCCAUCCGAUUGGCACCAUGCUGCAUUUUAUUGCUGAAUUUCUGAAACAGAUUCUUUUUUUAUCUGAAUACAAAACCAGACAAGAGGCUCACACACAAUAAGCAUGCCCAUCUCCUCCCUCUGGAGUGCAUAGUUUCUACACAGUCCACCUCCUCGGUGGAAAAGUUCACCAACAAAGUAAUGUCAUUAAUCAUUUAUCCUAAGCUCUUGUAUAGUUGUUUCUUCUUCAUGGGAACGAAGGCGGAGCCGUGCUUUCCAGCUGCACUGUGGCAGAACCAACAUGGAGAGAGAGACAAGAAACACCUCCAACUCCUUCUCCGUUACUUCUUCUUUUUGGUGCAGUUUACUCUGAGAUCAAAGCCACGUCGACACGCUCGAGUUGAGUGUCCAACAACCGUCCCCAGGUUGUCACCUUGUCGCAGAACUUCUGAUGUGAAUGUUUCGAUUGCCUAGUUACACUCAUUUACAUUACAAAGUUGGAUUAUUGCAUGCAAUACAAAUCAUUCAUUAGUCCGCUAUAUCAUGCAUAUAUAUUUUUUUCUCUUCUUCUGAAAACCCAUAUAUUCGUGUUGCGAGACGGCUACGUGUUUAUAAAUAUUGAUUAUAAAUCCCCACAAAAGAGCAUCACAGGGUUUUUUAGAACACAGUAUAUUCCAAGACAGGAUGGCGACGAUGACAGUGCAAAGUUCGUACGCAGAGAGAAAGUGCUUUUCAAAACGAGGGUCAAAGGUCAUUCAGUCAACUCCUUUGCGGCCACGGCGUUCCUGAAAGUCGACAUUUCCUCCAGGAAGGGGCGGGUUUUGUGGAUGUACAAAUGCUACGAGGGUCGAAUUUGAAAGCAUCUCUCGUGCGCCGCGUGGUUUGGAUUAUUGUUUGGUUUUUUUUGGCGUUAAAGAACGCGAGGCGGGGAAACAUGCGAGUGCCGACGUUGCUCCGUCUGUGAACUACGUGAUGCUACAACUGUCCUCACAGACACGUUGUUCCGCAGGAAGCAUCGCCCAAACCUUCAUCAGCGAUACUGUAUUCUAAAGCCAAA